CGCYAUCGCAGGUAUUUUCGUGGACGGGAAAUUCAGACCCGAGAGUACAAGAAGGAGAGAGAGCGGGUAAGCGCCCAACGGAUAAAAAGCUAGCUAGCUAUGGGGAACGCACUCCAKAGAGCAACAGACAGGUGCUCCAUCGCGCUCGAGGCUGCGACCUCCACCCCGACYGGGACGGUGGCCGUGGCCGCUGGCGCCUUGGUUUCCGCGGGGAUGGUGGCCAAGAACCGGAAGCGAAUCUGCAAAUCGGUCUGCGAAGACCUGCCCCUGUACUUCCUGACGUACCACCGAUCCACCGUGGUCACCGUCUUUGGGCUGCCCCUUUCCCUUCUGUGGAACUUUGCCAUGAACGCCCGCUCGAAAUACAUCCACACCUUUCACUCSGCACCCCACCUGCACAACGAUCGGGUGGCCACCAUCCAGAAAAAGGUCCGAAACCGGCCCAACAAAAACGCUCCCAUCUGCACGGCCCGACCCGGCUGGCAAUCCGUUUCCCUCUCGUACCGAAAUUACAAGAGCAAGUGGAACGCGAUCGAAAUGCCGCUCUACGAUAUCCUAGAAGUGGACGAAGGGUCCAUGAUCGUGCACGUCGAGCCCUUUGUGUCCAUCGGGCAGCUGACGCACGCCCUGAAUCCAAAGGGUCUCACCCUGCCCGUGGUUCCGGAAAUGGACGAUCUAACGGUCGGAGGACUCAUCAACGGAACCGGCAUCGAGUCGUCCUCGCACAAGUACGGCUUGUUCCACGAGAUUAUCACGGAACUGGAGCUCAUGCUGGGGGACGGAUCCGUCGUGGUUGCCACUGCCGACAACGAGUACAGCGACCUCUUCCACGCCAUUCCGUGGUCCUACGGAACCCUCGCCCUCUUGCUCAGCGCCAAGCUCCGGCUGAUCCCAUGCAAGCAGUACGUUAGGCUGACCUACACCCCCCACCGCACGCGGRAGGGGUACGUCGAACACAUGCGGGAACUCUCGGGGGAAUACAACAAGGAGGUCGAGAACGGAAGGAAAAACACCCCCGUCCCAAUGUUUGUCGAGGGCCUGGCCUAUUCGCUCGAGUCUGCCGUGGUCAUGGCGGGCGACUUUGUCGACGCAAAGGACGUUCCGCGGGGGUCCGCCAAUCGGAUCAGCCUGUGGUGGAAGCCCUGGUUCUACAAGCACGUGGAAAAGAUCCUGAACGAAGGCGAGGAAACAGUUGAGUACAUACCACUCCUGGAUUAUUACCACCGCCACACACAGUCGCUGUUUUGGGAGAUGGAGCUCAUGAUCCCCAUCGGAAACYACCCCGUGUUUCGUUGGCUGCUUGGGUGGCUCAUGCCUCCAAAGGUAUCCUUCCUUAAGAUCUCGCARACGGAGCUGACCCGGAAGCUCACCGAACGGACCCACGUGGCCCAGGAUUUCCUGGUCCCGACCCGCAAGAUGUUCGACUUUCUKGCCAUUUGCGACGAGGAUUUCGACAGGAUCUACCCCCUCUGGCUGUGCCUGCACGACCACGCGCCGAUGCCCGGGUCCCUGCUGAAGGACCCGGCGGUCCCCAAACCAUCCAACGGCCACGAGAUGUACAUCGACAUCGGCGUCUACGGCCUGCCCCGCUGCGUGCACGAGAAGCGCGAGGAGGACUUUGACAUGAAGCGAUCGAUGCGCGCCGUCCUGAAAAAGCUGGUGGACAUGAACGGCUUUCAGAUGYUGUACGCCGACGUCUUUUUUACCCGGGAGGAAUUCGAGGGGAUGUUCGACCACACCGGAUACAAGAAGCUGCGGGCCAAGUACAAGGCGGACGGCGGGGCCUUUAAGGAGGUCUACGACAAGAUGAACAUUCUCUUAUAGAUCAAACCACCCCCCAAAAACAAGAAAUUAAAAUCAUAGCGCAGGU